UUUAGAUAGAUUACAUUAAAUUAAUAAAAUAUAUUAGCUGUUUGAUGCGAGUAUUUCUCGGAUAAUACAGAUACCCAUAGAAAUCAAUCAUGGCUGUGGCAAAUAAGAUGAACAAUAUGUCAGAUUGUCAUGUUAUUUUUCCGAACACUAAUAUAAAUCGAAUCUCGCAGAUUUUUAUAGAAUUUUUCGUUAUCUCAGUUGUAUGAUUUGAUAUAGGACAUUCUAUAGCAAAUUUGAGCGAAGGAGAAAAAGCAGUUAAACACGGUGCGUCGUUUAUUACUCAUCUAUUCAACGCCAUGUUGCCUUUUCAUCAUAGAGAUCCAGGAUUAGUUGGUCUUUUAACAUCUGACCAAAUCCCAUCUGAAAAAACUGUUCAUUUUGGCAUAAUUUCUGAUGGGAUUCAUACUCAUCCGGCAGCAUUACGAAUCGCUCAUAGAACGCAUCCCAAAGGUCUUGUACUUGUAACUGAUGCAAUAUCAGCAUUGGGUCUGGAAGAAGGAAUCCAUCAACUUGGACAGUUUAAAAUAGAGAUUCGCAAAGGAUGCGCCUACAUUGCUGAAACAAAUACUUUGUGUGGCAGCAUGGCUGAAUUUUCCAAAUGUGUUAGAUAUUUUAAAGAAGCUACUGGUAAAUAUACUUUAUAAUAAUGAAUUACUAGU